CUGACUUGUAUAAUAAGCCAGUCGAGCACGUUUUGCCAUGGAGGUAUCUCUUGCUUCCUUUCCGAAUAUUUGGCAAAUGUUUGUAAUCUUGUUUAGAUGCAUUUGCAUGUUGGUAGGAACAAAGAAGAAAUUCGUGUUUUCGUCCGACAUGUGCUCAACCAUAUCUUCGACGUUUGGACUAGUAUUAUUUCUCAUGCUUAUAAAAGAAGGGGCGGGGCUCGAGUGUUAUCAGUGUUCGAGCUUGACGGACCCAAAGUGUGGAGUUGAGUGGGAAGUGGAGGGAGCCACCACCCACCGCGUGCAGUGUCCGCAGGCCGCAACUGCAUGCCAGAAAAUCGUCAGUGAAAUUCAAGGGUCUGGUGAGCAGCACGUGUACCGCCUAUGCUGGGAGCAAGCGACACUUGAGCCCUACACACACAUCGGAUGUGUCGAGGACGAAAUUCGCGGAGGUCACGUGUGUCGUUGCCUUGGAGACGCGUGCAACUCCGCGCAUGUUUUGCACGGGGAUUGGAUUCUUGCGGGAUUCGGACUCGUCAGUUCGAUCGCUUUCAUGAAAGUAAGAAUUGUUUGACACAAAUGGUUUGAAUUCAUGUUA